AUGGAGCUCUCCUGCACGCGCCUCUUUUUCUUGAUGCUGCUUGGUUUGUGGUGGCCAGGUUUGGCAUGGCAUCGGGUGGGAGCAGCUCAGGUUCGGGAGCACUACAUAGCCGCAGAGACUACCAGCUGGAGCUACAGACCCCAGUCCAAAGAACAGUCCAGAUUAGACAAUUCAGAGCCUGUGUUUAAGAAAAUUGCCUAUAGAGAGUAUGAAGCAGAUUUUCAGAAAGCAAAACCAAGAGAUACUUUCUCAGGUCUUCUGGGACCAACUCUGCGUGCUGAAGUGGGAGACACUUUAGUAGUUCACUUUAAGAACAUGGCCAACAAACCGCUGAGCAUUCACCCACAGGGCAUAGCUUACAACAAACGGUCAGAAGGUUCCCUGUAUGCUGACAGAACAUCUUCUUUUGAAAAACUGGAUGAUGCUGUGCUUCCAGGCCUGGUGUAUAAAUACACAUGGGAGAUCACUGCGGAAAUUGGGCCUAAAGAAGCCGACCCCCCCUGUCUCACCUAUAUCUAUUACUCACAUGAGAACAUGGUGAUGGACUUUAACUCCGGUCUGAUUGGAGCAUUGCUUAUAUGUAAAAAAGGAAGCCUGAAGGAAGAUGGGACACAGAAGCUGUUUGACAGAGAAUAUGUGUUGAUGUUUGCUGUGUUCGAUGAAAGCAAAAGCUGGCAAAAAUCAACCUCUCUCCUGUACACGAUUAAUGGUUAUGCUAAUGGGACAUUGCCAGACCUAGGAGCUUGCACAUACGAUAACAUUAGCUGGCAUUUGAUAGGAAUGAGCUCCAAACCAGAGAUUUUCUCCAUCCAUUUCAAUGGGCAAGUCCUGGAACAAAAUCGUCACAAGGUCUCGACCGUCAACCUUGUGGGAGGUGCAUCGACCACAGCAAACAUGACUGUGAGCCAGAAAGGAAGGUGGCUGAUAUCUUCUCUUGUCCAGAAGCAUCUGCAAGCUGGAAUGCACGGUUACCUCAACAUAGAAGAACAUGCGGGGAAAGACGUGUUCAAGAAGAAAUUCUCCUUUAAGGAAGUGCGUAUGAUUAAGGACUGGGAAUAUUUCAUUGCUGCGGAAGAAAUCACCUGGGAUUAUGCUCCAGAAAUUCCAGAGACCAUUGAUAGGCAAUAUAAAGCUCAGUACUUGGACAACUUCUCAAAUCUCAUUGGGAAGAAGUAUAAAAAGGCCGUUUUCAGGCAGUAUGCAGAUGCCAAUUUCAAUAAGCGUCUGGAGACUCCCCGGCCCAAAGAAAUGGGAAUUCUGGGCCCUAUUAUCAGAGCUCAGGUUAGAGACAUAAUCAAGAUUGUGUUCAAAAAUAUGGCCAGUCGACCCUACAGCAUUUACCUCCAUGGAGUGACGCUUUCAAAGGAUGCAGAAGGAGCCACUGACCCCCUGGAUUCCACAGACAACAGCACUCUGAGUAAAGCCGUUCAACCAGGGGAAACCUACACGUAUAAAUGGAGCAUCGUGGACACCGAUCAGCCCACUGCACAGGAUGCCCAGUGUCUAACGAGAUUAUAUCACAGUGCUGUAGAUGUAACCAGGGAUAUAGCCUCCGGACUGAUUGGCCCACUUCUGAUUUGUAAAAGUGAAGCACUGGACAAGAGGGGUGUGCAGAAAAAGGCAGAUGUAGAGCAGCAGGCCGUGUUUGCCGUGUUUGAUGAAAACAAGAGUUGGUACUUAGAGGAUAACAUCAAGCAGUACUGCAGCAACCCCUCCAGCAUUAAAAGGGAUGAUCCCAAGUUCUACAGGUCUAACGUAAUGCACACAAUAAAUGGCUACAUGUCUGACAGAACUGAAAUCCUUAGAUUUUGCCAUGACGACAUUGUGGAGUGGCACGUCUCCAGUAUUGGCACCCAGGAUGAGAUAGUGUCCAUACGCUUUUCUGGUCACACUUUUUUGACUCGAGGGAAGUAUGAAGAUGUACUGAAUCUUUUUCCCAUGAGUGGAGAAUCGGUCACUGUAGAAAUGGACAACGCUGGUACGUGGCUUUUUGCAUCCUGGGGUUCCCCUGAGAUGAGCCAUGGCAUGAGGCUGAGGUUUAGAGAUGCCCAAUGUGAAAAAGAUGUAGAUUAUUAUUCUGAUGAGGAUGACUCGUACAAAAUCAUACAUUUCUCCUCUGAGAAGACUUUUAAAAAUGUGCCUGUCACUUCACCCCAAACUGGAGGAGAAACAGGAGAAACAUCAGAAAAAAAACAGCAGUCUUCUGAUGAUUUUGAUUACCAAGAUUUUCUGGCCUCAAGUUUGGGACUUCGGACAUUUGGGAAGAAAUCAAUGGUCCAGGAGGAAAUGCAGAAUCUUACUGCUCUGGCCAUAGAUGAGAACUUUGGCAUCAGCACUUUUAGUGCUGAUGUGGCUGCUGGCUCAGAUCCGCCAUUCAUGGAGAACAGUGAUACCUUGGACACUGAUGUGCUCUGGGAAACGCAAAGCACUGCUCCUCUCCCAACCAAGGCUGGGUUCCUCCAUAAAAAUUACACAGUGGCAGCAGAAGAACAUUCACUGCCAGUCACCACAACAGUAAGUCCUGACUUGGCAUCUGAAGCUGGAAACCAAAGUGACUAUGAAGCAAAUCAGAGUCAGAUGUCAGGAAAUUAUGAGAAAACACUUGCAGGUGAACUACUGAGGAACAGGGAAGAAGCCCAAACAAAAGAUGCAGCAGAACUGUUACCUGACAGAGGGGACAGCAUGAAGUCCUCCUUUGCAACACUCUAUUCAGAGGAACCGCAAGAGGAAAGUUCAGGAGGAGAAUACAAUUUCAAGAAUAUCUCCAGUUCAGAUAUAUUAGGGACUGACCAACUUCCAAAUGAAUAUGUUGAAGACCAGGGCGUGGAGGAGGAAGAGGAGGAGGAAACCAAGGAAGAAAAUGCUGAAUUUCCCAAACAUGCAGAUAACUUAACUUUUGCUGUGGGACACAGGGCAGAAAACAAUGAGUUAAACAUGUUCAAUCUUUCUGACUUAGAACUAACCAAAGAUAAACAAGAAAGAAAUUUUACUCUAGAUUAUGCAUCGGAUAUCUUAAUUCCUACUCGCAGUCCAGUGGUGACAAAGGACAUGCUAGGAAAGCUGUCGCCAAGGGGUAUGAAGUCUCCAUCUAAAAUUAUGAAUGAGAAAAGGAAUUUGGCCUCUGGGAAGGAGAGUUAUGGGAUGGAGACAAAUUCAGCUCAGGCUACUGAUAAAUUACAGAAUCGUUCCAGAAAUGCUACAAUGCCUACGAGAGAGAGUGUAUCCCUGAAUAAGAAGCAGCAAGGGAAAUUCAAAGGCUACUCACCGUUUACAGAGGGUCAUUGGAAAGUAAGCAGCAAGCAUCCAACUCUGAAACAGAGAAAUGUGAAUGGCACCUUGAGUACAUCUGCGACUCGCAUCAAGACCCGAAGGAGGAAAAAGGAUAAUCAAAAGUAUAGUAGUCUCUCAUUGACACCCAGAGGUGUGAGACCCCCAAAGAUACCUGGAGAGCAAAACUGCACAUUAUUGUCCAGUGAGGCCAACCACACAGUGUCCCUUUGUGAGACCAACAAUACAGCAUUGCCCAGCGAGGCCAACCUCCCGGUUUUGCCAAGCAGAGCUAACUACACGCUGACCCCAAGACAAUUUAAGCCAGUCGUCAUAGGGCUUCCCAGUGGGAAUGGGGACUACAAGGAGUAUGUUCCAGGAGGCUCUGAUAGUGAGGAAAUUGCAGAUUACCUAUAUUCAUAUGUAUACGCAGACUUCAAUGAUCCAUAUACAAGGGACCCCAGAUUCAACAUUAAUAAUGUCCGUAACCCUGAUGACAUUGCUGUGCAUUAUCUACGCAGCAGAGGGAACAUGAGGAGAUACUACAUCACAGCCGAAGAGGUCUUCUGGGACUAUGCAGGAUUAAAGAAAAGCACAAUGAGGAAUGAGAGAACCAGCCAUGAUGGGGGCAACACCAUAUACAAAAAAGUGAUUUUCCGAAGCUAUGUGGAUAGUACCUUUACAACUCGGGAGCCUGAAGGGGAGUAUGACGAACAUCUGGGUAUCCUGGGUCCUGUUAUCAGGGCUGAGGUGGAUGAUGUCAUCCAAGUUCAUUUUAAAAAUCUGGCAUCCAGACCAUAUUCCCUCCAUUCCCAUGGGCUUUUCUAUGAGAAAUCCUCUGAGGGAAGCAGUUAUGAAGAUGAGUCUCCAGACUGGUUCAAAAAGGAUGAUGCAGUUCAGCCAAAUGACACCUAUACCUAUGUAUGGUUUGCAACCAAGCGGUCUGGACCUAUACAACCUGGAGCAGCCUGUAGGUCCUGGGCCUAUUACUCCGGUGUAAACCCGGAGAAAGAUAUUCACUCAGGCUUGAUUGGUCCAAUCUUGAUUUGUCAAAAGGGAACCCUCAGUACAAGUAACAACAGGCCAGUAGAUACCCGAGAGUUUGUCCUGCUUUUUAUGGUCUUUGAUGAAGAGAAAAGCUGGUACUUCGAAAAGCAUUCCAAAAGGACUUACAGUGAGAAGACCUCAGAAGUGCAAAAAUACCAUAAAUUCCAUGCCAUUAAUGGGAUCAUAUAUCACUUGCAAGGACUGAGGAUGUAUAAAGAUGAACUGGUCCGAUGGCACUUAUUGAAUAUGGGCGGGUCAAAAGAUAUUCACGUGGUUCACUUUCAUGGUCAGACCUUCACAGAAGUCCCUGGGCAUCAGCUUGGUGUCUAUCCUCUCCUUCCAGGCUCAUUUCGAACUAUUGAAAUGACACCACCAAAAGCUGGCAUGUGGCUUUUAGACACCGAAGUGGGGGAAUAUCAGCAAGCUGGAAUGCAGGCCUCCUUUAUCGUUGUAGAAAAAGAGUGCAAGUUACCAAUGGGCCUAAUGAAUGGACUUAUACUUGAUUCACAGAUCAGUGCUUCUCAUCACAUAAACUAUUGGGAGCCUAAAUUAGCUAGAUUAAACAACGCCGGAAAAUAUAAUGCUUGGAGCACUGACAUGGAGCAAAGUGAAUUUCCAUGGAUCCAGGUGGACCUGCAAAGGCAAGUUCUGAUCACAGGGAUACAGACGCAGGGAGCCAAGCAGUUGAUGAAGUCCUUGUAUGUCAAAGAGUUCUUUAUGACUUACAGCAAGGACAAACGGAAGUGGAUCACCUUCAUAGGAAACAGCACUGGGGGACAGAAGUUGUUUGAAGGUAAUUCAGAUGCCCAUGGGAUAAAAGACAACCAUAUUGAUCCACCUAUCAUUGCUAGGUAUAUUAGGGUUUAUCCAACUGACUCCUACUACAGGCCUACUCUUCGCAUGGAACUCCUGGGCUGCGAAGUCGAAGGUUGCUCUCUGCCACUGGGAAUGGAAAAUGGGGAGAUCAAGAAUGCUCAGAUUACAGCUUCUUCCUAUAAGAAAUCCUGGUAUAACUCAUGGGAGCCUUCCCUCGCGCGUCUCAAUCAGCAAGGGAGGAUAAAUGCCUGGCAAGCGAAGUCAAACAACAACCAGCAGUGGCUGCAGAUUGAUCUCCUCAAAGCGAAGAAGAUAACUGCUAUCACAACCCAGGGUUGCAAGUCCAUGUCUACGGAGCAGUUUGUGAAAACCUACGCCAUCCUUUACAGCGAUGAAGGCACAGAAUGGAAACCUUAUAUGGAUGACUCCACUUCAGUGGGAAAGGUAUUCGGGGGGAAUGAGAACAGCAGCGGACAGGUCAAGCAUUUCUUAAAUCCACCCAUAUUUUCCAGGUUCAUCCGCAUUGUUCCUAAAACCUGGAAUCGAAGCAUUGCUCUUCGGGUAGAACUCUUUGGCUGUGAUCCUUUCUAG